UUCAAAACGUUGCAGAGUGGUUGCCAGUUUCAAGCAAGAUGAGGAAAGAACAGCCAGAGUUUCAAGAAGACUUCCACAUCCCCAUACCUUUAGACACCAACAACAUCACAGCGCUCAGCCCUUUUCUGGUCCCCCAGGUCCACUUAGGGAACCAUGGGGUAUAUAUGGUCAUGACUGUCUUUAUGUUCUUCCUUUUCGUUGCAGGAACUGGAAUCAACACCCUAACCAUUGCUUGCACAGUUCAAUUCAAGAAACUCAGAUCUCACUUUAACUAUAUUCUUGUGAACCUUGCCAUUUCCAACCUGUUUGUGUCAGUUUUCGGCUCCUCUGUAGCAUUCUACUGCUUCUGGCAUAAGUACUUUAUCUUUGGGCCACUGGGAUGUAAAAUCGAGGGCUUCGCUUCAACACUUGGAGGUAUGGUGAGUUUGUGGUCUCUUGCUGUGGUGGCAGUUGAAAGAUGGCUGGUCAUUUGCAAACCCCUUGGAAACUUUACCUUCAAGACCACUCAUGCCAUCAUUGGCUGUAUCCUUCCUUGGUGUGGUGCACUGGCAGCCUCACUCCCUCCACUAUUUGGCUGGAGCCGGUACAUACCUGAAGGGUUGCAGUGCUCUUGUGGUCCUGACUGGUACACGACUGGGAACAAGUACAACAAUGAGUCCUACGUCAUGUUCUUGUUCUGCUUUUGCUUCGCGGUUCCCCUCACCUGCAUUGUGUUCUGUUAUGGUCAGCUACUCCUCACACUCAAAUCAGCGGCCAAAGCUCAAGCAGAUUCAGCUUCGACCCAGAAGGCCGAAAGGGAGGUCACAAAGAUGGUUGUGGUGAUGGUGUUUGGCUUCUUAUUGUGCUGGGGACCAUAUGCAAGCUUUUCUCUAUGGAUGAUUUCCCACCGCGGUGAAGUAUUUGACCUGAGAUUGGCAACCAUCCCAUCCUGCCUUAGCAAAGCCUCUUCAGUGUACAACCCUGUCAUCUACGUCUUAAUGAACAAACAGUUCCGCUCUUGUAUGAUGAAGAUGGUCUGUGGCAAGAGUAUUGAGGAAGAUGAGUCCUCUACUUCAUCUCAAGUCACCCAGGUCUCCUCUGUUGCACCAGAGAAAUAAACCCAUUAUUGAUGUAACCUCAUACUGUGGACAUAACCACUCCUGAAAAGUAUUAUUACAAUGAUUGUAAAUAAUAAACAUAAGCCCCAUAGGUAUUUUUGCUUUCAAUGACAGGAUUUUCUAACUUAGGCUUGGCUUGCUAUACGUGUAGAAUGAGUAGAUAUACAUUAUUAUAAUUACAAA